AUGUCCGAAACUGGCCGGCCGAGGGCAUCUAAUGCCCGGGCUCCUCUCGCAGAUGCUACUCAGCGUAUCAAUAAUGCUUCAUCCAAAAUUCCCGUCAAGCCUUACAAGCCACGCGACAAAGCUGUCAGCAAAUCGAGUCACGCAACUUCCUUAGAUCGUCGACGCUAUGUCAAUGAACAUGACUUGCCCGUCUCAGGGGCGAGGGCGAACGCUGCCUCCAUUUCACGCAAUCCUGCUGUGGCAAGAGCAAGGGCGUCCCACGAGACCGACUCAUCGAAGCGCAUGUCACAGGCCUCUCAGGCUUCCACUGCUCCAUCGAGCAAAAGAAGCAGCGGUUACGCUUACAAGACACAUAUCGGACCCUGGUUACUGGGAAAGACUCUUGGAAAGGGCUCAUCUGCCCGUGUGAGGCUCUGCAAGCACCGCAUAUCCGGGGAGUUGGCUGCCGUCAAAAUUGUCCCCAAGAAAACAGCUUACUUGAUUCAAGCUGGCAGUCUCGCCGAGCUUCACGAUUAUGAUGACAGCCUGCCCGAAAGAAUCAACGGCGAGAUGCGCGUGCCUCUGUCAAUCGAGCGAGAAGUGGCCAUCUUGAAGCUAGUCGACCACCCAAACGUUAUGAAGGUUUAUGAUAUUUGGGAGAAUCGUUCAGAAAUUUAUCUGGUACUCGAGUAUGUCGAACAGGGCGACCUAUUCGACUACAUCAAUACCAACGGCCGUUUUUCGGAAGAGAACGCUAUGUUCAUCUUUCGACAGAUGAUGAGCGCUCUUCAAUACUGCCAUUCCUUCAACAUUUGCCAUCGCGACCUCAAGCCUGAGAACAUCCUGCUGAAAUCUGGCAACAAAGUCAAAAUUGCCGACUUUGGCAUGGCCGCAUUGCACCAAUCAUCAGAUCAUCGACUUGAAACAGCUUGCGGUAGCCCUCACUAUGCUGCCCCGGAGCUUCUGAAGCACAAACACUACCGCGGGGACAAAGCAGACAUCUGGUCCUUGGGCGUUAUUCUCUACGCCCUUCUGGCCGCAUGUCUACCUUUCGAUGACCCAGACAUCGGAGCUUUGCUGCAGAAGACCAAGAGAGGAACAUACGAGAUACCCGAUUUCUUGAGUGCAGAGGCCAAAGACCUCAUUCGCCGUAUGCUCGUGGCCAAUCCUGACACCAGAAUCAGCAUCAAGGAGAUGUGGCAGCACCCCCUGAUUCGCAAGUACAACCAUCUUGAUGACCUCGGCCACAACGGCCAGCUCCACGACCUUCGCAAGGAAUUUCACUACACCCCCUUGAAGCCCCAUGAAGUCGAUCCCCAUCUAGUCAGACAGCUUCGGUCUCUGUGGCACAUGCUCACUGAGCAUCAGAUAAAAUUGAAGUUGAUGGAUUCUGCGAAAAACGACCAGAAACUAUUUUAUUGGCUUCUUUAUAAUUAUCGUCAGAAGCAGCUUGAGAACUUUCUCCCCGAACUUUCUCAGUCACCCAGCGAUUACCAUCAUCUUCACGAACCUGCCUGGAAGAAACGAGUGUCGACAGUGGAGUUCAACCAGCCAAGAGCAGAUGGCACUGGCAGAAGUGUCUCACGUUUCACAGUCAUUUCGCACGUUGCGGAGACUGACGACGGCACUGUUCAGAGCUACGAUCCAUACAACUCGAGUCGACCGAUGCGAGGCAAUUCUCAGGCCAGUCAUGCCAAGAUUGUGGUCCACCGUACCCGUCGAGCAUCCAUGAAGCGAGAAAACACCCAGACAUCACAGUUGUCACGUAUCAGGACAGUCUCGACGCUGCGUCAUUCACGGGUCAACUCCCAGCGAACAAACAACACUGGCCGUUUCCAAUCACCUCGAAGCUCCAUGAACUCUCUUCAUAGCAGCAGACCAGGAACCUCCUAUGCCCGGCCAGCUUCUCGUCACAAGAGAGGUAUUGACUUUUCUCACAUCAGAAAGAAGUCUGCCGAUCUGUACGUAGAAAAGCGUCGCCGAGGAGUCCCCGAGGUCGACGAAGACAACGAACCCCUCGAGAGAUCCAAGUCUCCGAAAAGGCCCUCGGGACACAUUCCCGUCAUGGAAAGACCCAGACCGAAGCUCAAAGUGGUGAAGCCACGAGAUCCUGCAGUAAUAGUCAACGAGGAGGUGCGCAACUUCAGCAACAGCAUCGCCAAGGAUUGUGACGAAGCCUUCAACAGCUUCAUGAGUGCCGAGGAGUCAAGCAAUGUGUGUUUGAAUGAACGUAGUGGCAUAAAGAGGGACGCCACAGGCCUGUCUUUUGGACAACCGAGACCAUCGACCGAGGCCUCGAAUAACCCGUACCACCCAUGGGACACAAGGCCCUUGCCCCCGUUGCCGCCCCUCGGAUCGGUACAAUCCCCGAAAUCUAUAAUCGAGAGAACCGUAACGCCCCAUGACCAUACCAAAGAUGAACAGCAGCACUCUGGUCGUGUUGGAAAGUUCGUGGACCAAGUCAACCGCUUGGCCUUCCCUGUGUUGUUACCUAAGCAAGACCGCCGCACCGUGUCUGCACCCCCUCAAGAACAGCAUGGCAAGACAGCGAGUCGCUUGCCAGCUAUUAAUGAGAGCGGAAGAGAUUCGGACUCUUCAUACCAUUGGGGCGAGAACGACAAGAACAGGAUUGUGUCUGCGCCACCAAAGACACCUGGUGGCCAAACUGACAAGGACGGCCUGGAUUACUUGAUUCGGGCAGGCGAGACGAUUCGUGUGGUCAACUCGCCGAGCGCAACAAGUCCAGUCCCCAAGCCUCUGAACGUCCGGAAAAAGUCCGCAGAGCCAGCAGGCCACAACGAUCAGAUCGACGAGCGUUACAUCUAUAUGCACGGGGCAUCGGGUAUAGAUGAGCCACCGACUCCCUCCACUGCAACCCACAGUAGUGGGCCGACUAAGCAGAAGAAGUCGUCGUGGUUCAAGCGGACUUCGAAAGAAAGCACUUCUAGAGAGGGUAGCAUUCAUACCGAAGCAACCCAGGAGACACAGACAUACAGUAUGACGACCCAGUCCACAGCCCCGAGCCGUUCGGAGACGAAGUUUCACGAGCCACCUCCGCCAAUGGCGGUCAAGAAGAAGGGGUUCGGUUUACUCUUCUGGAGGAGCAACAAAGUCAAGCCGGAAAUCAAAAUGGAGAUCGUUGGCCCAGAGUGUGAGGAGUCGUCUUCUCCGAAUCGCCGACGAGCUGUUCAACACAAGACGAGCGGACAGUCGGCUAAGGGCUACAAAGACUCGGAUAGAGGUGUGCGAACCAUUGAAGUUCAUCAAAAUUGGCUUGCCCGACUAUUUGGAGUCAAACCAGCAACAAGACACAUGUGCAUGAUCAUGUCGCGGAAGCGAGCUCGGCAGGAACUUGUGAUUCUCCUCAAAGGCUGGCGACGUUACGGCAUGGGAGAUAUACAGGUCGACAAGGAGAGAAACAUUGUGUUUGCCCGUGUUGGGGCUGAGAAUUACUUAGGCAUAAAAGAGGUAGCAUUUGCCGUGGAAAUUAUGACCGUGAUCGAGCACGGGAAGAAGGGGCCGCUUUGCAUUAUGCGAUUAUCUCAGGAGCGCGGAGCGGCAAGCAGCUUCCAUAUGGUGGUGGACACAAUUUGGCAGGUGUUCGAAUCACGCGGCCUGCUUGUCGCCGACAAGUCCAAGGAAAAGAUGAUGAUCAAAACGCUCAAUUCCUGA